UGUCUGUGAUAACAAUUCCGUUUUGUUUUGCGUUCACUCCGGCAAAUUAAACGUAUAUUUUGUAGUUUACCGGCGACUGUAUACAAUUACUAUGUACGCGAUUUAUAGAAUCAAUGUAGUAUGUCUAUGAUCUGCUUUACCCGAUACUGACCAUAAUGGAUUCACAACUAAUAUCUCAAUAUUGGAAAGAUAUUACAACGGCUUUUCCGAUUUUGUCUGACAAUAAGGAUGCCGAACCAUGUGAUGAUGUACAAUUUCAAUCAAUACAAGAAAUGAUUAAAACCAAUAAAUUCUCGAAUUUUGUUUACGAGAUGGUUAACAUUCGUGUUCGUGAAGAGAUCAAAUCUAAAAUACUGAACGAAUUUUGGUUGUACUUUAUGUCUGAUAAUGUUGUCGAUUGUAGUUUUCUUAAAGACCAAGAUCUAAUGCCUGAUGACUAUAGCGGUUUUGAAAAAUUUAAAACGGCCACAUGUGAAUUGUACGGUAUAAUCCUGACGUAUACGGAAACAAUCAAACGUCUUCAACUGUUAUUUGAUUCGGAAAAAACAAAUUUAAGAAAGAAUUUCCUCUUGCAAAUCUGUGCAAUUCUUCAUUCCACUCUUCCCGCCGAAUACAACACGAUCAUUUACCAGUUUUAUCGAGUCGCUUUAAAAGUUUUUACCAAAGACGACGGUAUUGGAGAUAAAAAAAAUACUUCGAGAGACGGCGUGUUCCGUUGCAAUGGUUGUGCUUUUGAAGUUGUGGAUUGUAAAUGUGAACAUAUUUUGGAGUCUUUUCAUUUGACUAACUGGCAACUAAUCGAUAUCGGUUUGUUAGAACCGUUGGCAGGUGAUGUUAUUAUAGACUUGAUUCGUAAUAGGAUCGAAACUGAGGUUCAAGACAUAACAAAAGAAAAUUUUGGAGAAUAUCAAGUAUCACUUUUAGAAAAGUGGAUAGAUACUGUCGUUUACGAUUGGAUGAGGCAUAUAUACAAACCAAAAUGUAGUAACGUGGUGAUAAUAGACGAUAAGAGUUUGGAAGUAUUCAUGAGGAAGCUGAAGCAUUUACUUUACGAGUCUUACACCAAAACUAGAAUCGAUCAAUUGUUCAACAUAAUUAUUGAAUAUCCGGACUCUGAACCGGCUGUUAUGGAUUUAUCAGCCACGCUUAAAAAAACUGAUUUGAAAUCAGUGUUAUGUCGAAAGUUGCAAAUCGCGUUACAGAAUAGACUACUCCACCCAGCUGUUAACACCAUUGACAUAUUGACAGCUUACACGUCGGCAAUUAAAGUCUUGAGAAAAAUUGAUGCCAGUGGUGCGCUUUUACAAGAAGUCACUCAACCUAUUAGAGUGUAUUUGCGAAGUCGUGAAGACACAGUACGUUGCGUUAUGACUACACUUACGGAAGAGGGUAACUAUUUGACUGAUGAACUAGUGAGAGGUGAGAACAUGCUAGACGACGAAGACGUUUACGAAGACGAAAGUAUGGCGGACUGGAUGAAUUGGAAACCGGAUCCAGUGGACGCAAAUCCAUCACCAGCUUCUAAACGAUUCCGUAACUCCGAUAUUGUAUCAAUGUUGGUGGACAUUUACGGUACGCGAGAAUUAUUCGUCAACGAAUACAGAACAUUACUCGCAGAUCGGCUGCUUACACAAUUUACAGAGAAUAUCGACAAAGAAAUCAGAUAUUUGGAAUUACUGAAAUUGAGAUUUGGUGAAUCGUUGUUACAUUCGUGCUCUGUCAUGCUGAAAGACGUGUACGAUUCGAAACGAAUCAACCACCAUUUGUAUUCGGAUCCAACAUCAAAUCUGUCCACAAACAGUACAAAUAGUGAACAAGAAUUUCCAGUGACUGCCAUAAUUGUGUCGGCUCAAUUUUGGCCGACCUUUAAGGACGAUAUUAAUCUAGAACUGCCUGCGGUUAUUAAAAAGCAUAUGGACAAUUACACUAAAGCGUUCGAAGCUUUUAAAGGUAACCGUACUUUAAAUUGGAAAACACACCUUGGCAUUAUUGACAUUGAUAUCGAAAUAAACAAUAGGAAGUUAAAACUAUCAGUCUCACCCAUUCACGCAACCAUAUUAUGGCAUUUCCAAGAUAAAGAGGAAUGGACAAUUGAUGAGCUUAGUAUGGAAAUGCGUGUUCCCGCUACGAAUCUGAGACGACGGAUUGGCUUUUGGCAAAAUCAGGGUUUACUGAGGGAAAAAUCGGUUGAUACAUUUAUUCUCGUGGAAGACGGCAUUCCGACUACGAGUUUAUCGGGAAAAGGAAAUAGGAACAGCAUGGGAGGUCGUGGUUCAGAAUUUGCGUGUUGUGAGGACGACGAAAUGGAAAGCGCCAUGGCUUCUGCACAAGACCAAAGAGAAGAAGAAUUACAAGUGUUUUGGUCGUACAUUGUGGGCAUGCUAACAAACUUGGACUCUUUACCGCUCGACAGAAUACACCAAAUGUUAAAGAUGUUUGCUACUCAAGGAACUGGCGUCGACUGCAGUCUGACUCAACUGCGAAUUUUCUUAGACGACAAAGUCAAAGAGCAUAAACUUUUGUUUACUGGUGGCCGUUACAAGCUGGCUAAAUAAUAAUCUCAUACAAAAGCUGCUGUUGUAAAAAAAUAUUUUGUACAAUUUGCAUUUAGCCAAAAUCAUUUUAGUAUAAUUUCUAUUUUUAUACAAAUUUUUUAGUUAUAUUUGUUAUUAUUUAAAUAAUAAUUCUGUCGUCUUAUGCCUAUUGACGAUUGUACCGCAUUGAAGUUAAUAUUUAAUUUUUGGAUAAACGAUUAACGCUUACCUUCAGCUUAAUUAUAAAAGGGGAGGGAUAUCAUACAACUUGUAUACCCAUAAAAAAGGGGACUUCACAUCCCUAUUGUUUAAAAUUAAAGACGUUGUAAGCUGUAACACAUGACGUGCCAAGUAUAAUUUAAUAUACAGUGUCCCAAAAA